UUGAUCUAGUCUGUAGAUCCUUGUCUCAUGGGCAAAUCGGGGAGGUUAAAGCGUCGACCAACCCCAAGCAGCAAGGAGAAGUCAGGAGGUGAAGUUGCCUCGGUCAAAGACGGGCAAGUUCCUGCAAAGAAAAAAACAAAAGCCCAAAGCCUUGGCAAAGGUUCCAAACAGCCGAAGAGAAGGGCUCAAGAGGCUCAAGAGCUUGAAGCGACGCAAAUCCAGAACAUCAGGGACUCCGCAGCUGGUUCCAGCAGAUUGAAUGAAACUUUUGAAGUUGAAUUCGAAUUCUUUGAUCCAGAAGAAGAUGAUUUUCAUAGUGUUCGAGAUUUGCUAUGCAGUGGCACUCUGGGCAGCUUGGAUUUGGAUUUCUCCAGCCUUGCAAACAGUAUCGUGGAUCAGGUCAAUAUUGGAACAAUGGUGAAGUCAGGGGUCGAAGAGGCACAGCAGACGCAGACACAGGAGGCGGCUUCUGAGGAAGACGACGUGACCCUUUGUGGCAUGCUGACAAUCUUGAAUUUGAAGCAAUUCGCUGAAGAAGCUUGGUGCAAAACUCUUCUUGCUCUGCUCAAACUCAGGCUGGACAAGCAGUUGCAGCAGUACAUACUAGGGCCAGCACAAGCUUCUGGAAAAGAGCAAGUGGGUUUGAUCAUCUCAGAAAGGUUUGUGAAUCUACCGCUGGAAGUUAUACCAGCCAUGCACAACGUGAUUCUGGAAGAUAUCAGCUGGUCUUGCUCUACAGAGUACUGUCCCCCAGAGGAGCGACCCUUCUAUUUCUUCACGCACUUUAUUUGCCUGGCGCGCUGCCAUUCGCUAUCUGCAGCAGCUGAAUCAGAAGGUCAGACCUUUCAGCACAAGGACGGUUCUCGCCUCCUAUUUUCACGUGCGGAGGAGUUGGCGCUGGCCCAGGCUGCCUCCUUUGUUUCAAGCUUUUCGCAGCCAUCCAAAGAGGGCCCGUCGUCGUUUCAAUCGCAGCCGGGAUCAAGCAAAAAAAAGAGGAAAGCAGAACAAGGAGGCAGCGUCAUUAAGGGCCAGGAGCGCCUGGCUGUGCUGUGGCUCACACGGCAGGCGCCCAGAGAGAGACGCUCUUGACGUGUAACUUUUAGCUGUUGGAUUCCUUGGGUUGCGCUUGAGACUGCUGGAGUUCACCUUCCGCUGGAAUAGCCAGGCUUAUGAGAGCGCUGUGAAGAGUAUGCGAGAAUCCUUGAAAGCCUCGACUUGAAAGCCUUGCCAAAAGGAAAAGCGACAAUCCUGCUUUGCAUACCUCCCCUGAUCAAACGGCAGCCCUUUGCUCUUGAGUGAGACACUCUGGAAGAUUUUCCUUGCGUCACAUGCCAUUGGAAGAUACCAGAACUACUACAGGCAUGAAAUCUCUGAAGCAAUCUAAAACUUAUGGCAUGCAGGCGGCAGUGAACAUAGACACAUGUAGUUAGAUAUGGUAUGUUUCUUCAGAUGUGCAGAGAAGUCUGCUGGAGGCUUACAUCCGGUUCAGUGAGAAGCAUUUUAGUGAUCCUAAAGUAGAUAGAAUGUAAAAUCGGAGGGUGCUGGGAUUUAUGCUGGAUGUUGGCCAAAA